CCGCGCUCGGGGCCCUCGGCCCUCGGCCCUCAGCAUGUUCCCCCGGCCGCCGCCCCUCUCCUGCGACACCUUCGUGGCGCUGCCGCCCGCCGCGCCCGGGGGCCGCGUGGUGUUCGGCAAGAACUCGGACCGGCCGGCAGACGAGGUGCAGGAGGUCGUGCACUUCCCGGCCGCCGCGCACACGCCCGGCGCCGCGCUGGAGUGCACCUACAUCAGCGUCGAGCAGGUGGAGAGGACGCACGCCGUGGUGCUGAGCCGCCCCGCCUGGCUCUGGGGGGCCGAGAUGGGCGCCAACGAGCACGGCGUGUGCAUCGGCAACGAGGCGGUGUGGGGCAGGGAAGAGGUCUGCGGUGGGGAAGCUCUCCUCGGCAUGGACCUCGUGAGGCUUGGACUUGAGAGAGCAGACACAGCUGAAAAGGCUCUUAAUGUCAUAGUUGAUUUGCUGGAAAAAUAUGGACAGGGAGGAAACUGUAUGGAGAGCAACAUGGCAUUUACAUACCACAACAGUUUUCUGAUAGUCGACAGAAAGGAAGCAUGGGUGCUGGAGACAUCAGGAAAAUACUGGGCAGCAGAAAAGGUAGAAGGAGGCGUACGGAAUAUUUCCAACCAGCUCUCUAUCACAACCAAGAUUGACAGAGAACACCCAGAAUUGAAGGAAUAUGCCAAAAGCAAUGGCUGGUGGGAUGGGGAAAAGGAAUUUGAUUUUGCUGCCACAUAUUCUUAUGUCGAUACUGCUAGAAUGACUACGUCUGGAGGCCGAUACUGUGAAGGCUAUAAACUUCUGAACAAACACAAAGGAUCUAUCACUUCUGAAAUAAUGAUGGAAAUUCUUCGUGACAAAGAGAGUGGCAUUAACAUGGAAGGUGGAUUUAUGACAACUGGCAGCAUGGUGUCUGUACUGCCUCAGCAGCCUAAUCUGCCCUGUAUUCACUUCUUUACUGGAACUCCAGAUCCUGCCAGGUCUGUGUUCAAGCCUUUCAUUUUUGUGCCCAAUACUACUCAGUUAUUAAAAACUACAUCCCCUACAUUUGGUCAUGAUGAUCCAGUUAAGAAACAACCACGUUUUCAGAGUAAGCCAGAUCGAAGACAUGAGCUCUAUAAAAAACAUGAAAGUGCUGCUGUAGUUAUGGAAACUAUCACGGACAAAGGUAAAGAAAUGCUCAAAGAGAUACAGGAGUUGGAGAAACAGAAGAUAAGUCAAAUGGAAUCAAUCCUGCAGAAUGGAUGCUUUGAUACUAAGCAAGCAGUUAAUCUUUUUUCACAGUGUGUAGAAGAAGAACUCAAAAUAUAUAGCUAAGAAUAUUAUUUGAAUGUGGUGAAAUUUGGAUUAUAAUUGGAUUUUCUAACAAAGAGGCUAUAUAGAUUAACACCCUGUUUUCAAUAUACCACAUAGCAUGGAUAGUUUUAAAGAUGCAGAUUCAUAUCAGGACAAAUGGUAAGUAAGAUUGUUACCCAGUUGUUUGGUAAAACCAUUCUAGGAUACAUUUCAUAUAUGAACCUUCUUCUUCAAUGUAAAACAAGGCAAAGAGUUCAAGGUAUAUUAAAAACAAAUCACAGUUAUAAUAUUAUGCUGUAAGUGAUUGUGAAAUCUUACUACAUGGAAUUCAACAAUGCAAGCAUCCUGUAAGUUGCUCACAGAUUUCACUUUCCUGUCUAUUUUUCCCACUCUAAUAGUGAAAAAUAAACUUAUUUAUAUACAAGAUGACUAUUGUCAAAUUAAUUCUGCAGUGCACUUUAUAACAUCAUGGGGAGUUCUAAAAUGUUUUUUUAAUUGUUUGUUACUUUUUAAAACUGGGCUACUAGAAAGGAAGAGGUUGGGCUAUACAAGUAUGUACAUGUAUACUUAAAAGUACUUUUAAUUUUUUUCAUUUCAUAGAAGUGAAAUAAAUUCAUGACUUGUUUUGCCAGA